GUCUGCUGUCCCAGCAAGCACAGCCUCCGCUCCUGCUCGGCUGAACCGGCGGAAGAUGGGAGCUCCGGGCGCCCGGCGCGGCCUGGAGUGGCUGCUGGGCCUCUACUUCCUCUUGCACAUCUCCAUCACCCUGCUCAUGGACCUGCAGGUGGUGCUGCCUCGCGAACUCUACCCAGUCGAGUUGAGACGCCUGUUCAAGUGGUAUACUAAGGAGUUCAAAGACCCGCUGAUACAAGACCCUCCAGCGUGGUUUAAGUCCUUCCUGUUUUGCGAGUUUGUGUUUCAGCUGCCUUUCUUUCCCAUUGCAACAUAUGCCUUCUUCAAAGGAGGCUGCAAGUGGAUCCGCACCCCUGCAAUCGUCUACUCAGUUCAUGCCAUGACAACUGUAAUUCCAAUUCUCUUCACAUUUCUAUUUGAGGAUUUCUCCAAAGCCAGUGGCUUCAAAGGACAAGGACCUCAGACUUUCCAGGAACGAAUAACCCUCGUAUCUGUCUAUGCCCCCUUCCUUCUCAUCCCUCUUCUGCUUCUACUUUUCAUGUUGCGGAGUCCCUACUAUAAGUAUGAAGAGAAAAGAAAGAAAAAAUGAAAGAAACAGCCACUGUCCCAGGGGAGAGAUGCCCACAGGGGAGUUUCCUACUGGACUCAGUACAAGGAAAACUGCUCAGAACCUAUUUCUUCAGUAGCAUUUGAAACACACCAGCAGCAACAUAAGAGCAAGACUGGCAGGAGCCUCAUCAGACCCUCACCUUGCAAGGACACCUGCGACCAGUCACCUGAAGAGGGACAGUGGGUGGGCCAGGGCACAGGGAAGUGCCAAAUACCUCACUGUAACCCCAGGCUCUGCUACAGGAUUACUAAGAGCAGGACAGAAUAGAAACGAUAAACUUCCAGGAAACAGCCUGCUUGGCGUGUUCACUGUCACAUGACCCACUACAUACAUGCAAUGAAGCCCUUGGUCAUGAUUCCCUGCAGUACAUCACUAGGCACAAAGUGCAUAGUGGGAUAUUGCAGGCCGUUUUUAAGUGUGAAAUUAUGCGUCCUUAAUAUUCAUUAAAAAUUAUCAUGUUUUCUUGCCCCCAACCUCUGAAGGAAAAACCAGAAAAUGUGCAAGAGGCUUAAACUUAGUUUUUUUUAAGAUUCAGCCCUAGCAUGACUUCCAGUCAGAAAAGGGUUAAGAGGGAAGGUGUUUUGUUUCCAUCUUAAACAGGUCAUCCCAAGAAAAGAGAUGUUUUUAAGUCUUCUUGUUUAUCUUUUCCAAACCUUAGUUGUCUACAUUCCUACAGACCCUCUUAACAUAGUCCCUUUACUCUGAGGCCUGGUGUCUCCAGCCUGAUCUGGAAGUGUGCUUCCUCCUGGAUGACUUCACCCUUCCUAAUUGUUUCAUCAUUCCUUCUUCCUGGCUUGUUCUCAACUGAAGUGGCGGGGGGUGGCCAGGCAUGACACGUCUGAUGUGCAUAGAGGGUCUCUUCACUUUAGUACCGGGUGUUCCAUUAGCUUUCUCUAAAUUUGUACUUAGGACUAACUAAAAAAAAAUUGUGAACACACAUGAAAAAUGGUAGAAACUGGUCCCAGUUUCCUCUUUUUGCCUGUUUUGCUCACAAGCUAUAAUGGUCUGAUGGUUGGGAGUACCAUCUAACUUGUGUGUCUGAUCCAAAUAAAGGUAGCUGCUGA